AUUACCCUCUUCUUCCUCUCCCUCUCUCCCUUUUCCAUCUUUGCUUUCUCACCUCAGCUCAGCUCUCUCUCUUUCUCUCUUCCAUCUAUACUCAAAUCUCCCUUCUUUCUUGUUCGCAUUCCAUCAAUUCAAGCUCAAUCUGAUUCAGCUACCAAGCUCAAUUUCUGGUUUGCACUGGUCACUACAAGAGAGUUUUUGUUGUUGGAAUUGGGUGGGAUGGGUUUGUGAUGACAAGGUUGUGAUUGAUCUUGGAAUGGGGGCAAGAUUGUGAUCGGAAAGACUCAGUCUUGCGCUUUGGGAUCCGUGAAAAGGAGAAAGGGGGGUUGAAACAGCUCGGUUGGUCUGGAGUGCAUACUCAACAUAAUCAGGGCCCUGAGAAUGGGUUCCUGCUUGUCCGCCGAGAGCAGGAGCCCAAUGGCCUCUCCUUCGCCGGCCUCUCCUGGCUGGGGUGGUGCCUCCCGCCGCAGGAAGACCUCUAAGAAGAAAUCUACUUCCCGGAGUUCUUCUUUUGAUUACCGCCGGGAAGACCCCGCCCUGCAUCGGAUUCCGGGCAGAGUCUUCCUCAAUGGCUCUACUCAAGCUGCUUCUUUGUUUACUCAACAGGGCAAGAAAGGGACCAACCAAGAUGCCAUGAUUGUCUGGGAGAAUUUUUGUUCAAGAACAGACACAAUUUUCUGCGGUGUUUUUGAUGGUCAUGGUCCAUAUGGUCAUAUGGUUGCAAAGAGAGUGAGGGAUUCGCUUCCUCUCAAGUUGAGCUCCAAUUGGGAAGUGAACAUAAACAGUGAGGAAGUUCUCAAAGAGAUCAGCCCUAAUACUGCUGGAAGCUUGAAUUCAGAUGAUGCGGCAAUUGUGCCUGUUGAUGAAGAUUUCAGGGCCUCCAUUGACAGUGAGGAAUCAGAAAAGCACCCUGAGAUCUUUCACACAUUGAAAGAGUCAUUCUUAAAAGCUUUCAGAGUUAUGGACAGGGAACUACGAAUACAACCAAGUAUUGAUUGCUUUUGUAGUGGGACAACAGCAGUAACUCUAGUUAAGCAGGGUCGGGAUAUAAUUGUCGGAAAUGUUGGGGAUUCCAGGGCAGUUCUAUGCACAAGAGAUAAGGAUGACACUCUGCUGGCAGUUCAGUUGACUGUGGAUCUCAAACCAAAUCUUCCAGCGGAAGCAGAAAGAAUACGGAAGUGUAGAGGACGUGUUUUUGCUCUUCAUGAUGAACCAGAGGUUUGUCGGGUCUGGCUACCAAACAAUGACUCCCCUGGUCUUGCCAUGGCACGGGCCUUUGGAGAUUUUUGCCUCAAGGAUUUCGGUUUGAUCUCAGUGCCUGAUGUGUCUUAUCGGCGUCUCACUGAGAAGGAUGAAUUUAUAGUCUUGGCCACAGAUGGGAUUUGGGAUGUUCUGUCUAACAAAGAAGUGGUAGAUAUAAUAGCAUCAGCCCCUGCACGCUCCUCUGCAGCUCGAGCACUGGUUGAGUCAGCAGUUCGGGCCUGGAGACAAAAAUACCCAACUUCAAAAGUAGAUGACUGUGCUGUGGUCUGCCUAUACCUCGACUCAGACGGAAAUAAUUUAUCAACUGCUGCUAAUAAUAACUUGAGCGAGCAGCAUACUGGGGUGGAUGAUUUGAAUGCUGGGAGUGAGAAUGAAGAAGAUAUCUCUGGCCCAACUUCUUUUGUCCGCCCAGGUACUGUCCGAAAUGGUGAAGAGAUUCUUGAAGACAACGAAGAUGUAGAGGAAGAGAGAAGCAAGGAGAAUGCUACAAUGAACUCGGAAUUGGGUGUAGACUGGUCUGCUCUGGAAGGAGUUUCUCGUGUUAACACAUUGUUGACUCUGCCAAGAUUUGUACCUGGAAAAGAAGACAUUAAGGCCCGGAACAAGGUUUGAUCUUCCAUUGUUCCACAAAAUUUGUUUUGUUAUUUUUUUUAUUUUUUAUUUUUUAUAGAUAUCUUCCUUUCCUUUUCGUUAUCUCCAAUCCUGUUUUCUUCUUCUUCAAAACAAUUGUGAUUUGUAGGGCCAUCAAAGUUAAAAUUUUGACCGGAGAGGGGGGCCCUCCCGACUAUAUUAGCAUGUCUGGGAAAAAUUGUCCUUUCUAUUGUGGGUAGAAUUGGAAUUUUUGUAAAAUCCAACUCUCCGUCGUAUUAUUUAUUUAUUUGAAACAAAUUCAUGUGUAUUAUGUUCAUAAUAAUCUUGUGAUAAUGAAGCCUCAUCUUAGUUUCAGUU